GACCUCUCGGAACCGAACCAAACUCAAAGCAGCUCGUUAUACACUCGCAGACAGCAGAGCAACAGGGCCCAAACGAACUACACACACAAAAAUCACAUCAUGGCAGCCACAACCACCAUCCAAGUCCCCCACCUCGGCGGCAUCACGGCCGGCUACCGUCUGUCCGAGGACAAGGUCGACCCCGCCAAGCCCACCGUCGUCCUCAUCAACUCCAUGUGCACAACCGUCUCCCUCUACAAUGACCAGUUCAACAGCAAGACACUGACGGACGCUGUCAACCUGCUGGCCAUCGAGCCGCUCGGUCACGGCUCCACCAGCUGUCCCGUAGAGCACUUCACCUACUGGGACACUGCCAUCAUGGCCCUGCAGGUCAUGGACAAGCUCAACGUUCAAAAGGCUUUUGCUCUUGGCACGAGUCAAGGUGGAUGGAUGGUCACCCGCAUGGCCAUUUUGGCCCCUGAAAGGAUUCUGGGUCUCCUGCCCUUGGGCACGUCAAUGGAUUACGAGUCAGCCGACUCCCGUGUCAAGGGCUGCUGGGACCCCAAGGCCCAGCUCCUGGCCUUUUACGACGGCUGGUCCAGUGCCACCCCGACGCCGGACUUCGUCGUUGACGAUAUCUGGUGCGGCAUGGUUGGCAGCCUGGGCUUCUCAGGCACCGUCCCGCCCGAGACCCUUGAGUUCUGGACAAAGACCCUUAAGUCUGUCUACAAGGGUGACGAGGGCCGCAAGAAGCUCAAGAUGGCCCUGGGUAACCUUCUGUCGAGAGACGGCCUGCUUUUGAGACUGAGAGACGUCAAGUGCCCCGUCUACUGGCUCCAGGGAACCGCCGACCCUGUUUUCGGUGUCAACAUCCCCGGUGAGCAAAUCAAGCUCUUCACUUCCGCCCCGGAGGCGACGGUGACGUUGGUUGAGGGUGGUGGCCACUACUUGAACGCCACCAGCCCGAAGGAGGUUGAGGAGGCUCUGCUGAAGAUGGUGAAGACGUACGCCUAA